UCACUCCAGUGGCACCCGCUGCAAUCCGACGCCAAUCUUUCCUGCAAACAAAAAAAACACAUAAAUCACCACAUACCUCAGUCUCAAUCUAUUGGUCUCAAUUGAAGAGUUGUGAUACACACAUUUUGUCCAUCCGGUCACAUACUUUUUUUGUUGAAAAACGCUGGUGUCGUAAGUUUGAGUCCUGUCUCUUCAGUGAGCUCGAUGAAGCGUUUGAAGAGGAGGCUUUUAGCUUGGUCUUUUUUGAGGAAGCAGAGAUCCACUGAAAGGCUUUCCUGGGGCGAACAGACCGUGCCCUUAAUUGGCUUCUCACACUCGCAUGCAUGGCCCUCGAAGAAACCCUGAAAAAUCAGACCACCCGUCGCCCCAUGAAUGCUCGUUCACUCAAUGGUCACAUACAGGAACGUUGUUGACGACGACCAUACCGCGCUGUUGCACAUUACAGCCACACACACACACACACACACAGAGAGAGAGAGAGAGAGACAAAUAUUGCAGAGAGAAAGAGAGAGAGAGAGAGAGAGAGAUUCUCCAUGGAAAGGAUGGCGAAUCGCUGCCGCACUCCGAACACAUAUUACCGGAGCGAGGAGCGAAUGCAUGUUUUGCCAGAAAGACGUCAUGAUCUUGUACUGCGGCAGUAUGUACUUGCGCGUGUCUGCGAUGCUCAUAUUACCCAAGUGAUACGUCAU